AUGGAGCCCCAGGGGCAGCAGAAGGCGCCUUCGCCGCCGGAUGCGCGUUCGCCCCCGCCUCCCCCACCUGUUACGUCCGCCCCGGCGACUGCCAACACCACCGGCGGCAAUGCCGCCUCGCCCGAGCGCCCCCUGCCCGCUAAUGGCGACAAAGAGAGUCUCAUGGUGCAGCUGCCGCUGCUGAAAGAUGCGCCGGCGGCGGAGCGCGAACAGUUGUUCGUGCAGAAGUUGCGGCAGUGCUGCCUCCUCUUCGAUUUCGCCGACGAGCCCCUCUCCGACCUCAAGUGGAAGGAGGUGAAGAGGGCCGCGCUGCUGGAGAUGGUCGAGUAUGUGACGUCACAGCGCGGAGUCAUCACCGAGGCUAUUUACCCGGAAGCUGUUAAUAUGUUCGCGAUCAACUUAUUCCGAACUUUACCGCCAUCUUCAAAUCCUAAUGGAGCUGAAUUUGAUCCGGAAGAAGAUGAACCGACACUCGAAGCAGCGUGGCCACACCUGCAGCUAGUGUACGAGCUGUUCCUUCGUCUCCUGGAGUCGCCAGAUUUCCAUCCAAACAUUGCCAAGAAGUAUAUUGACCAGAAAUUCGUUUUACAGUUAUUAGAGUUGUUCGAUACAGAAGAUCCGCGCGAGCGCGACUUCCUCAAGACGACGUUACAUAGGAUAUACGGAAAGUUCCUCGUUCUACGCGCUUAUAUACGAAAACAGAUCAACAACGUGUUCUACAGGUUUAUAUACGAAACGGAGCACCACAAUGGAAUAGCGGAGCUGCUAGAGAUCCUCGGCUCGAUCAUCAACGGGUUCGCGUUGCCACUCAAGGAGGAGCACAAGCAGUUCUUACUUAGGGUUCUACUUCCCCUGCACAAGGUGAAAUCUCUUUCGGUCUAUCACCCGCAGCUGGCUUACUGCGUCGUUCAAUUCCUAGAGAAGGACCCGUCGCUCACGCAGCCCGUGGUUAGAGCUCUGCUGAAGUACUGGCCAAAGACGCAUUCUCCCAAGGAGGUGAUGUUCCUAAACGAGAUGGAAGAAAUUUUGGACGUCAUCGAACCGGCAGAGUUCCAGAAGAUCAUGGACCCGCUAUUUAGGCAACUGGCCAAGUGCGUGUCGAGCCCACACUUCCAGGUCGCGGAGAGAGCUCUGUACUAUUGGAACAACGAGUACAUAAUGUCCCUGAUAUCUGACAACGCGACGCAUAUCUUGCCCAUCAUGCUCCCUUCGAUCUACCGCAACACUAAGAGCCACUGGAACAAGACGAUCCAUGGUCUGGUGUACAACGCGCUCAAACUCUUCAUGGAGAUGAACCAGAAGUUGUUUGACGAGUGUACGCAGCAGUUUAAACAGGAGAAGCAGAAGGAAAUGGAGCGUCUCCAACAGCGAGAAGAGCUGUGGCAGCGGCUGGAGGCUGUAGCAGCUGCAAAUCCAGCCAGCAGGCUCGUGGAGAGCGAAGAACCCAAUCGACAGGAACAGAAUGAGACGCGAAAGAAUCAUAACGCGAACAAGCCACUCCUGCGCAAGAAAUCCGACCUGCCGAGCGACGCGUCCACUGUGAAGGCUCUAAUCGAGCACAAGCGGGCCGACCCUUACCUGACAACCCCGCCGGACGCGGACAAAUGCUAG